CGUCAGUGUGCUCCUGCUCUUAGCCGUCACACCUUCCUCUCAGCUCAUCAUCCUCAUCAUCACUCCGAGCCUCUCAGCAGCAGCAGCAGCAAGAACAAAACAUGGUCCUUCAUCACAAAGAGUUCGCCACGGCGGGUCAGAAAGCCGGCCUGCAGAUCUGGAGGAUCGAGAGUCUGGAGCUGGUUCCUGUUCCAGAGAGCUUGCACGGGAACUUUUACACCGGGGACGCUUAUGUGAUCCUGAACACUCAACAGAGGGACAGCUUCUUCUACCACCUUCACUACUGGCUCGGAAAGGAGUGCAGUCAAGAUGAGAGCACGGCGGCGGCCAUCUUCACUGUGCAGCUGGACGACUACCUGGGAGGGAAGCCGGUCCAGUACAGAGAACUGCAGGGGGUCGAGUCCACGGCCUUCAGCAGCUACUUCAAGGGAGGGAUCACGUACAAGACAGGGGGCGUGUCCUCAGGUUUCCAUCACGUGAUCACCAAUGACCUUUCGGCAAAGAGACUCCUCCACAUCAAGGGCCGGCGGGUGGUCCGGGCGACGCAGGUCCCCCUCAGCUGGUCCAGCUUCAACAGUGGGGACUGCUUCAUCGUGGACCUCGGAGACAGGAUCUAUCAGUGGUGUGGGACCAAGUGCAACAGGUUUGAGCGCCUGAAGGCAGCACAGGUGGCCAGAGCGAUCAGGGACAACGAGAGGAACGCCCGAGCGGAGCUGGUGGUCGUAGAAGAAGGAAGUGAACCCUCCACCUUAACUGAUGUUCUUGGAGUGAAGCCGCAGCUGUCAGAGGGAAACGAUGAUGACGACACAGAGGCAGACGUGUCCAACAGGAAAAUGGCCAAACUAUACAUGGUUUCUGAUGCAACAGGAUCCAUGAAAGUGAGCGUUGUGAAGGAGGAGAACCCUUUCCUCCAGACCGACCUGAUCUCAGAGGAAUGCUUCAUCCUAGAUCACGGCAAAAACAAGAUGAUAUUUGUAUGGAAAGGGCACAAAGCCAACCCUGGUGAGAGAAAAGAGGCAAUGAAAACAGCCGAGGGCUUCAUCAAACAGAUGCGCUACCCAGAAAACACACAGAUCCAAGUGUUACCUGAGGGUGGAGAGACCCCCAUGUUCAAGCAGUUCUUCAUGGGGUGGAGAGACCGGGACCAGAGCGAGGGAUUCGGGAAGGUGGUUGUCGCAGAGAGGAUCGCGAGGAUCCAGCAGGUGGAGUUUGAUGCCUCAAAGCUCCACGAGUCCCGUCAUAUGGCAGCUCAGUACAACAUGGUGGACGACGGCAGCGGAGACACACAGAUCUGGAGGGUGGAGAGCAGCGGCAGAGUUCCUGUCGACUCAAAGAGCUUCGGUCAGUUUUACGGCGGCGACUGUUACAUCAUCCUGUACACGUACGGAAAGAGACAGAUCAUCUACACCUGGCAGGGAGCGAGCUGCUCUCUAGACGAGCUCACAGCCUCGGCCUUCCUGACCGUACAGCUGGAUCGAUCGCUGGGAGGAAACGCAGUUCAGGUCAGAGUGUGUCAAGGUAAAGAACCUCCUCAUCUGCUGAGUCUCUUCAAAUCCAAACCCCUCAUCGUUUAUAAGAAUGGUACGUCCCGCCACGGAGGUCAGGCCCCCGCUCCUAAGAUCAGACUGUUUCAGGUCCGGCGAAACCUCGGCACCAUCACCAGGAUAGCUGAGGUGGAUGCUGCGGCAGCCAGUCUGAACUCCAACGAUGCUUACCUGCUGAAGAUGGACGGUGGGCAGGGCUACCUGUGGAUGGGUAAAGGAGCCAGCGAUGAAGAGUUAAAGGGAGCCGAGUACAUGAGUAAAGAGCUGAACUGCAACAGCAAACGCAUCACGGAAGACAAAGAACCAGCUGACUUCUGGGCGGCGUUGGGAGGGAAGGGAGCGUACCAGACCUCAGAGAGACUGGAGAGUCAGACCCUGCCUCACCCUCCUCGUCUGUUUGGAUGCUCCAAUAAGACGGGCCGGUUCAUCAUCGAGGAGGUUCCAGGAGAGUUCACUCAGGACGACCUGGCAGAAGAUGACGUGAUGCUGCUGGAUGUUUGGGAUCAGGUGUUUGUCUGGAUCGGGAAGGAUGCCAACGAGGUGGAGAGGACUGAAUCUCUCAGAUCUGCCAAACAGUACGUGGAGUCUGACCCGAGCGGGCGGGACAAGCAGACCCCUCUGGUGGUGGUGAAACAAGGCCAUGAGCCCCCCACCUUCACAGGCUGGUUCCUGGCCUGGGACCCGUCCCACUGGGACUCGGUCAGCAGGAGCAUGCAAGCGAUGCGUCUGUAGACUCUCUGAAACGAUGCUUUUAUAUAAACAGUGUGACGAGAGAAACACACUUUUUCAUCUGCUUUCACUUUUUUUAACUUUACAGUUGCACUUAAGUUGUUUUUAUUCUUUUAUACCUGAAAUAUUGUUUCUACAGAUGUGUUAGAGAGUCUCAGAUAUGUCGUCUGAAUUGGGGCAAAAAAAAGGAAAUCUUCAGGAAUCAGGGCUCCUGGAUUUUCUGUUCGAAAUAGUCUGUCUCCUUGGAAAUCUUUUUUUUUUUUUUUUUCGUAAAAUUAUUUUACAAAUAAGUUGUUUGCAUGAACAAAUGAAUAAAGAUUGAAUAUUGAACUCUUCA